CAAUCGAGCCGAUUCGGGCAGCAUCGCACCGGUAUAAGAUAGAACGGCUGCCGAAGCGCGCCAGGCAUCGCAUCACUCGACCCACGCAAAAGCAGUGCACACAAGACAGCCGGGCAGCACCACGACCACACAACAUGAACGCCGUGCGCAAGGCCGUCGGCAUCGAAAAGAAACAAACGGUCACCGAUCAAAUUUUAGAUGAGUCCUGCCCGAAGCUCAGCUACAACCAGCGCCUGACGGGCUACGUCUUAUGCAUGAGCAUUGGCUUCAUUUUGACGAUGGGUUCACUGGUACGACUGAAAGAGCUGCUCCACGGCGAGCCGAAGAACUUCGUCAUCUACUUCACCUUCGGGAAUUUAUGUGCGAUAGCAUCGUGCUUCUUCCUGUCGGGACCGAAGUCGCAUUGCAAGAAAAUGAUCGAUCCCACGCGGAGGAUCGCGACGGCGUUUUACCUCAUCACGAUCUUCUUCACCUUCUUCGUGGUCUUCUACGAGAAGAUCCCCGACGACGGACGGGUGGGCAUUAUUAUUUUGUGCGUGUUUAUUCAAUGGAUAGCGAUGCUCUGGUACACGAUCAGCUUCAUCCCCUUCGCGCGGGACUGGGUCUGCAUGUGCUGCUGCCAGGCGCCGCGCGACUUCUGCAAGAAGCACGGUAUUGAAAUAAGGUACAAAUAACACAUC